AUGGAAGGUUCUGCUACGGCGGAGGAUGUUGGGGCCCCACCGGAGUCGUGGGAGGUCGCUAACCUGGACGCCAGCAUGCGCUUUCUCAUGCUUUCCUCUGCAAAAGACUCCAAUUCUACUAAUAAUAUUAGUAAUCUAUCUGAGCUAGAUGAGGGUUCGAUUUCAGGUUCGGGGUCUACUACGGGUUUUAGUUCUGGCGCGGGGGAUGUCUCGGAGGAUUUGGUGAACUCGGUGGAUCAGUUUUUGCGGGAUGCUUUACAGAAUCCCCGGGAGCGGCUUUCAGUUUUACGAAUGGAGCAGGAAGUCGAGAAGUUCAUACGUGAUCCUACUAGAGAGCAGAUGGAGUUUCAGCAGUUGCCUACUUCUUAUUUGCGUUUGGCUGCACAUCGUGUAGCCCAGCACUACUCACUGCAAUCAAUGGUUUUAUUGGAUAAUAAUCAGCCUGAUGGUUCUGGUUCCAGAAUCAUUGUACGCAAGACUUCUAAUCUUCAGCUUCCUUUGAUUCGUCUUGCUGAUGUUCCUGUAAAUCUACCUGCAGAAGAUACUGGUGUUGUUAAGGUUGCAAUCAAGCAGAGGCCACAGAGGGGUUCACCCUCUGGAAGCAGUUCUAAUUCACACUCCACGAAAUCUAAUAGUGCUAAAAGUGUGGAGGAACGAACGGAGGAAUACAAUAGAGCUCGAGAUAGGAUAUUUAAUCCCAAUAGAUCUAAUGCAAGUCCCAGUGACAAACCAGAAAGCGAAUUGAGGAUGCAAAAAAGUUUCCAGCAAGGUCCACAGGGUAUAAUGAAGGUAGAAGAGAUAAUUCUCCCAGGAGGUGGCUCUCAUGUCAAUGCGGGAAGACAUUUAUUAGAUUCUUCUGCAGUUAGCACUAGACCAGAUAGAAGUAGGACAGAAAAGGAGACAAUUUGUAGGUCAAAAACUAAUAAAAAGGUGGCCAUCUUUCAGGAUCGUGAAGUUGAUUGUAAGGAUCCUGACUAUGACAGGAGCUAUGACAGAUACACUCAAAGGUUUGACCCUGGAUUUGGAUUCAAUGGAGGCCCCUACACUAUCCAACCCAUGUAUCCACCUGCAUUGAACUACAACACUGAAUUUCCUCAACUUGGAUCAAAUUAUAGGCCUCCGAUCUCUUCUGAACACCGCCAGCACAUACCUGGGCUAUGGGCUGUACCAUCAGCUCCUCCUGUUAUUGCUAUCCUUGUCAGUACUCUGGACUGCCAUUUAUCCAUCCUCGUGGAGCCAUUCACCAAUCCUUUUCACAGUUUCAUCAGCAGCAACCAGAUACCAGUUUUGGAUUAG